UUUCCUGAGAUGGCAGUUUCCUUUCACCUUUUACGAAAGUUUCAGAGAAAGAAAGGACUGUGGCGCUCUCCAAACCUGACCAUGAUUUCGCCGAGUUGUUUUUCUGUUGGAUGUUAGAAGUGGAAAUUUUCCCGGCGUAACCGCCCCUGUUUCGACAGAAUCUCUGAUAAGAGACCUUUACAAAUUGUGAGGAGCCAGUCGUCAGAGGGCAAACCCCCUGGAUAGCGGUAACGCGGGACCCAAAACUGACCCAGCUAAAGAUUCAUUAUGACCAUCGGCGUAGAGAGAUUAUUCGACGAGCUUGGACACUUCAAACGGUACCAAGCAUGUCUGUAUUUCGCAGCCGUAUUCCAAGCCAUAUCAUGUGGGAUUCAUUAUCUCGCCUCUGUGUUUUUGGUCGAGACGCCAAAGUUCCUCUGUGGCGUAGAGAACAUCACUGAUGUUCUGUUCGUCAACCACACGGCGGCAUCGCUUCAGGACAUCUGGUCCUUGUAUUCUCCCGGUAAAGGGCCCGUGGUCGUCCAGACGGCGGCAGGUCAGCAAUGGGAGCUGAGCCAGUGUCAGCGCGCGCUCCGGUUGGACCCAGGAGACGAUCUUCGAUACGUUUUCAAUGGCACAAAGAACGUGGAGGCAACAUGCCCAGGUGGAUUCGUUUACGACUUGAGCGAGGUGCAUCAGAGCAUCGUGACCGACUGGGACCUGGUGUGUGAAAACGCGUGGCUCGCCAAACUCACGCAACCCACCUUCAUGUUAGGCGUCCUUAUUGGCGCGCUCCUCUUCGGAGACGUUGCUGACAGGGUUGGGAGGAAGCCCAUUCUGAUGGCCACCAGCCUGUGCCAGUUUAUGUUUGGAGUGGCGGUGGCCUUCUCAGGAAACUACUACCUCUUUGUGACGAUGCGAUUCCUGCUUGCCAUGGUGUCCAGCGGUUACCUGGUGGUGGUGUUUGUGUACGUGACCGAGUUCACGGGCAGCAAGGUGCGCACGUGGACGUCGCUGCACGUGCACGCGGCCUUCGCGGUGGGCAUCAUGGUGGUGGCGCUGGUGGGCUACCUGGUGCGCGUGUGGUGGAUCUACCAGAUCAUCCUGACGCUCAGCACCGCGCCCUUUCUCCUCUUCUGCUGGAGCUUCCCCGAGACGCCCUUCUACCUGGUGGCCAAGGGACGGCAUCAGGAGGCCCAGCAGCUCCUGGACACCAUUGCCCGCUUCAACGGCCUGCCCGCAACGCUACAGGUGUCUGACCUGCUGGAUUCAAACGCCGCCGAGGGAGCUGCGAUUGAUGAGAAAGUGGCUGAGGCCUCUGGCCCCGCUGCCCACUCUGGCGAGUCCGAGCACAAGAUCAGCAUCUUGGACCUGUUUGGCAGCUGCAGGAUGGCCAUUCGCACGGUCAUCUGCUGGUCCAUCUGGUUUAUCGGCAGCCUUGGCUACUACGUCUUCAGCCUGGGGUCAGUCAACCUCGGGGGCAACCAAUAUGUCAACCUCUUCCUCGUAGGUUUGGUGGAGAUUCCCUCUUACCUGAUUGGCUGUUUUUUGAUGGAUCGGGUGGGCAGGAAGAAGACUUGUGCUCCAGCGCUUCUGCUCAGUGGAGUGGCCUGCAUGAUCGUCAUCGUCGUGCCAAAUGACAUUGCAGUGUUAGCUGUUGUGCUGAACAUGACAGGCAAGUUUGCUGUGGCCAUUGCCUUCGGCCUCAUCUACCUGUACACCUGUGAGCUCUACCCCACUGUCAUCAGAUCGCUGGCAGUGGGCAGUGGCAGUAUGAUGUGUAGGGUGGGCAGUAUUGUCGCUCCAUUCUGUGUGUACCUGGCCGACUUCUGGAUAUACAUGCCACAGCUCAUCGUGGGAGUCCUGGCCUUCAUUAUCGGCGUGCUCACCAUGUUCCUACCAGAGACGCUGGGCCAGCCGCUCACCUCCACACUGGAGGAGGCCGAGGCCCUGGGCACUAAGCCCAGCAAGGGGACAGCCAAGACGGGCAACCCUGCCAGCAACGAGUGCCUGGAGCUUAAUCAGCCCAUGUGCAAGGCUUGAACACAGGGAUGAACCAAGAGGGAGAGAGUGUGUGUGAGAGAGGGGAAAGAGUGUGUCACACACACACACACACACACACACACACACACACAGAUACACACCGAAAACCAAAUGAAAAACAAUGGACAAGAAAAUACCAGAGUGCCGAGCUUGCAAAUGUCCAAAAGGACAUUUGCAGUAUUACUUUAAUUCAAAAAUCUGAACAUAUAGACCGAACCAUCAUAUGCAGAUGUGCAGGAGUAUACACUAUAUAUUUACUUUAAUGCUGUUUCAUGCUGGUGUAUUCAUUGUAUUAUGAAGGAGAUGUGCAUGUGUGUGGGUGUGUGUGUGUGUGUGUGUUUGAAAAAAACUGACGUAGUUUGAUCCAUUGUGGUGGUGUGUAUGUGUACGAGGAGAUGCUGAGAUGAGAAUGCUUGGAAAUGUGUUGUGUUU